AUGUCGCUAAACGUUCUUGUUACCGGAGCCAGUGGCCUCCUUGGCCGUCAGGUAUUCAACACCUUCAAGCACUCGGGCUGCUUGACUGUCGGCCAGGGUUUCACUAGAGCUACCCCGCCUACAAUUUUGAAGGCGGAUCUGGAGAAGAGUGAAGAUGUAAAGACGAUUCUGGAUGAGGCUAAGCCUCAGAUUGUCAUUCAUUGUGCCGCAAACCGUUCUCCGGAUCUAUGCGACCAGAACCCUGAACAAGCUCGCAGAGUGAAUGUUGAUGCUACACGUCUUCUGGCAGAACAGACCUCCUCGCGCGGUGCCAUGCUUAUCUACAUCUCGACGGACUAUGUCUUCCCGGGAACCGAAGGAGACGCACCAUACGAGGCAGACACAGAAACCAAGCCACCAAACUUCUACGGCCAGUUGAAGCGGGACGGUGAACUGGCAGUCCUGGAAGCCACCAAGGACACCGGCUUGGGUAUCGUUCUGCGUGUGCCUGUGCUGUACGGAACCGCUAGCAACAACUCUGAAAGUGCCAUCAACACCCUCAUCGAUGCAGUGUGGAAGGCACAAGAUGAGAAAGCGGGUAUCAAGAUGGAUGACUGGGCACAGCGGUAUCCCACUAACACUGAGGACGUGGCGCGUGUGUGCCGUGACAUUGUGAUCAAGUAUGUCAAAGAGAAGGAGAAGCUGAAGGAGCUUCCAAAGAUCCUUCAAUUCUCAUCCGAAGACCGGAUGACCAAGUAUGAGAUCUGUGAGAAGUUGGCACAGGUGCUCGGGUUGUCGCUCGCGGGGAUGGAGCGGAACAAGCAGGGCAACGACCCGAAUGCUUCUGUGCAGAGACCUUAUGAUACCCAUCUGUCGACCAAGACUCUAAAGGACCUUGGGAUUGAUGUUAGCACUAUGGAUUUUGUUGCGUGGUGGCGCAAGAGCCUGGGAGCCUACAGGAAAUAA